UGAGCUUAUAUACACAUAUGAGAGCUGCCGGCUUUAGGGGUAGAGCUCACCGUUAAACAUGGGCGGGAGAACCCCUCUUGUUGUCCUCACCUUUUCUCUUGCUGUUCUGAGCAUUGAGCUUGGGAUUUCUCAUGGCUGCCGAGAGACGGAGAGGAAAGCCCUCAUCGACUUCAAGCGUGGACUUCAUGAUCCUUCCAAUCGUCUCUCUUCCUGGGUCGGCGAGGACUGUUGUGCGUGGGAAGGAGUUGGCUGCAGCAACAUCUCUGGUCAUGUUAUCAAGCUGGAUCUUCGAAAUAGACGUCGGACGUAUCUAACUGAGGACUGCACUCAUCAGGAAGUUUAUUAUGAUCCAGGAUGCAAAUGGGCAGUGCGUGGUGACAUGACUCCAUCACUGCGUUCUCUCCAACAACUUAGUCACCUGGACCUCAGUGGCAACUAUUUUACGCAUAAACCUAUCCCCAAGUUCUUGGGAGCUUUCAGAAGACUAACAUAUCUUAACCUCUCAGGUGCAGGCUUCAUGGGUAGAAUACCUGACCAGCUCGGAAAUCUAUCCACUUUGCAGCACCUCGACCUUUCUUAUAACUGCUAUGGGGAUGAUGAAGAUGGUGGCUUCUUCUGCUUGUACCUUGAGAACACGAGAUGGAUCUCAAUGCUCACUUCCCUUCGGCAUCUUAACAUGACUGGUGUCCGUUUUACAAAUGCGGCCAACUGGUUCCAAGAUUUGAAUGCACUACCACAUAUACAAGAGAUUGAAUUAAGUUCUUGUGAAUUAGGGACCUUUCCACGUUCGCUGUCUCAUGCCAACUUCACAUCUCUCACCACUCUUGAUUUACGAUACAAUGAUAUAAACUCCACCAUACCAGAUUGGGUGUUCAAUAUUACUAGCCUCGAGUUCCUUUAUCUUGGUGGGAAUGAAAUAUACGGAUUCUUUCCUAAUUCUAUUGCGAAGUUGACAUCUCUCAAGGCACUCGACUUGUUUGGGAGUAUGUUCCAAGAUGACUUCAUGAGAUUAGCUCCUAUAUCCAACCUCUGCAAGCUCCAAAUUCUCGAUCUAAGCUAUGUGCCUAUUAACGAUGUCCUUGCCAAUUUGAAAAUGGUUUUCUCUGGAUGUCUUAGGAAUAGCAUGGAGGAAUUGUACCUCGGAGGCACCCAACUGAGUGGUUUCUUUCCGGAUUGGCUAGGGAACAUCAAGAAACUUAAAUCUCUUGAUCUUUCUUUCAACUCCCUCUGUGGAUCAGUGCCUGCAUCUAUCGGGAAUCUAUCAUUGCUGCAACAUUUAGUUUUAUAUUCUAAUGAUUUGAAUGGGACGAUUUCGGAAGGCAUCGGACAACUGAAGAGCCUUGUUGAUUUGGAUCUCUACAAUAACUCGUUGAGCUUAUCGGAGGAUGACUUGGUUAAUCUAUCGAGUUUGAAGUAUUUGGACAUUUCGUACAACUUCAUUGAAUUGAACAAAAGCGAUGAUUGGAUCCCUCCUUUUCAGCUUCAAAGUCUCUCCAUGGAUUUCUGUCAAAUAGGGCCCACGCCCCAAUUUCCAAAAUGGCUCCGAACACAAACCAUUCUUCGUCGACUACAAUUGUCAAAUGCAGGUAUCAAAGACAUGUUUUUCGAUAGGCUUCCUUCUAGUCUUGAGUAUUUGGAUCUUUCUUACAACUCUCUCAAUGGAUCAUUGCCCGCAUCUCUUGGAAACCUCUCUAUGCUACGAUAUUUGAUUUUACGUUCCAAUUAUCUGAGUGGGAUGUUUCCGGAAGGCAUCAAACGGUUGAAGGGCCUCGUCUAUUUGAAUCUUUACAAUAACUCGUUGAGCUUAUCGGAGGAUGGCCUUGCUAAUCUAUCAAGUUUGAAAAUUUUGGACAUUUCAUACAACUCUAUACACUUGAACAAAAGUGAUGAGUGGAUCCCUCCCUUUCAACUUAACAGACUUUAUAUGCAAUUCUGCCAAAUACUACCUACACCCCAUUUUCCGAAAUGGUUUCGUACACAAACCACUUUUGGUGAAUUAGAUUUAUCAAAUACAGGUAUGAAAGAAACGAUUCCCAAUUGGCUUCCAUCCGGUCUCGAAUAUUUGGAUCUCUCCAAUAAUAUGAUUGGUAUGAUUGGCGGUGAUGUACCAUAUUAUUUUCCAAAUCUAACUGUAUUGGAUCUCAGCAAUAACUCGUUAUCAGGAUAUCUUCCUCCAAAAAUAUCAAUCAUGAUGCCAAGUCUGGAAUAUUUGUCUCUCUCCGACAAUAAGAUUACGGGUGAGAUGCCACAAUUCUUUCCAAAACUGAGAUAUUUGUUUCUUUCAAAUAACUCAUUCUCAGGAAAUCUUCCACCAAGAAUCUCAAACACAAUGCCAAGCUUACGAUGGUUUGAUCUAUCUACAAAUAAUAUGAGUGGCCAUAUCCCCUUCUCUUAUUGUCGAUCCAGUAAUUUGGAAAGGCUUCAGCUUUCCGAAAAUAAUUUGUCAGGAGAGGUUCCCAAAUGCUGGAAAAAUUCCUCAAAUUUACUUCUUUUAGACUUAUCAAGCAACAAAUUAGUAGGUGGAGUCCCUGAUUCGCUCUGUAAUUUGCAAACGCUAGAGUCGCUGCACUUGAGUCACAACAAUUUAUCCGGGCCGAUUCCUCAUUGCUUAAAGAGUUGCACAGAACUAGCUACUCUCGACUUGGGCCACAAUAACUUCAUUGGGAAUAUACCAACUUGGAUUGGAGAAAGCCUUUUGUACUUGAAGACACUUAGCUUACGCUCCAAUGCCUUCACCGGCAACAUUCCUCAAUUAUCUUCUCUACCAUAUAUUCGUAUCUUGGAUCUCUCCAACAACAAUCUUUCAGGAACAAUACCACAGAGCUUCGGGGACUUCAGUGCGUUAAAAGGUGCUCAUGCAUAUCAUUGUUGUUACUUCAACAACAAUACUCUCUCUGUGGAAUAUAUGUGGCUCUUCGUAAAAGGAAGUGAAAUCAAGUAUACCACCACCAGACAACUUUCAAUUGAUACACUUAUUGAUCUCUCCAACAAUAACUUAUCAGGAAACAUCCCUGAAGAGUUGGGGAAUUUGCAUGGAUUGCGGAGCUUAAAUCUGUCCGGAAAUUAUCUUACAGGUCAAAUACCAAGAAGCAUCGACGAAAUGAAACAACUAGAAGUUCUCGAUCUAUCAAGAAAUAAUCUUUCGGGUGUAAUUCCUUCCGGUUUGGCAUCUUUGAAUUUCUUGAACCAAUUGAAUUUAUCAUAUAACAAUCUUUCUGGAAGGAUUCCCACUGGCUAUCAGUUACAAACUUUUACUGAUCCAUCUAUUUAUGCUGGCAAUCCAAAUCUUUGUGGCCCUCCUCUCCCCAAAAAUUGUACGGUGAAUAUAACGAAGGCUGAUGAAGAAGAGCAAAAUGAUGAUUCAUUUGAGAGCAGAAUUAAAACAAUUUGGUUAUACACAAGUAUCACAUUAGGAUUUAUUAUCGGAUUUUGGGCGAUUUGUGGAAGCCUUUUGUUGUUACGGACAUGGAGGAUAGCGUACUUCCACGCCAUUGAUAAUAUAUUUGACAAGCUAUACGUGGUGAUAGUAGUGACCAUGGCAAAAUACAAAAGAAAGCUACGAUGACUCUUGUUAGAGUGGGUCAACAUGACUCAUCCGACUUAAGCAAUAGCAAUGACAUUGGUAUAUGUAGUACGCUCAUGGUUUGCAUGUCUUGUCAUAAAACACUGUCACAUGAUUUUAAUUUCUGCAUGUUAUAAUGACUGUUAUAUGAUCUGUUGAUGUUUGUCUGUGUAGUUUGUUUGUCAAAACUUUGUCAUCAAAAUAUGAGUUCUCUGCCUAUGGUUUA